CAUGCCCCAAACAAUUUAGCCAAUUUAUAUCUGUCCAUUAUAUUUUCAUAAUUAAUCCGUAAUUUAAUUUGGAAAUCGGACUCAGAAAUGAAAUAGAAUCGCCUCACAUCGUCGCUGCCAAGUUGAUAUCUGCAACAAGCCCACAACGACCAUCGAAUUGCACUUUUUUGCGUAAUACCAAGUGACAAUGAGCGCACAAACGGCGCCGUAUCACCAGCCUGCGACGCUGGAAGAAGUCCGUACUCUCUGGAUUGGAGAUUUGCCCUACUGGGCUGACGAGAACUAUCUCCGUGCCUGGUUUUCCCACACCGUCGAGGUCCUCUCGAUUAAAGUAAUUCGUAACAAAAUCACGGGGCAGCCUGAGGGUUAUGGGUUUGUUGAAUUCACAUCACAUCAAGUUGCAGAGGGCAUUCUGCAGUCAUAUAAUGGAACCCAAAUUCCUGGGACCGAACUGACUUUCAGGUUAAAUUGGGCAUCUUCUGGGAUAGGGGAAAGGCGUACUGAUGGAGGCCCUGAACACUCCAUCUUUGUUGGAGAUUUGGCACCAGAUGUUACAGAUUAUCUGUUGCAGGAAACUUUCCGAGUUAGCUAUCCAUCGGUUAGAGGGGCCAAGGUUGUCACUGAUCCAAAUACUGGCCGUUCCAAGGGAUAUGGAUUUGUUAAGUUUGCUGAUGAAACAGAAAGAAAUCGAGCAAUGGUUGAGAUGAAUGGUCUCUAUUGCUCGACUAGGCCCAUGAGAAUUAGUGCGGCAGCUCCAAAAAAAACAACCGCUGGCGUCCAGCAGCCGUAUGCUGCAACUAAAGCAAUAUAUCCAGCUCCCGCUUAUACAACUCCUGUGCAACCAAUUCCAGUGGAUAAUGAUAUCAAUAACACUACUGUUUUUAUUGGUAAUCUGGACCCUAAUGUUACUGAGGAAGAAUUGAGGCAGAUAUUCUUGCAGUUUGGGGAUAUUGUUUACGUCAAAAUCCCUGCUGCCAAGGGAUGUGGUUUUGUGCAGUUUGCUGCAAGGACGUCAGCUGAAGAAUCAAUCCAGAGAAUGCAGGGUACUGUGAUUGGUCAACAAGUUGUCCGGCUUUCUUGGGGAAGGAGUCCAACGGCAAAACAGGAUGCUGUUGGUGUGUGGGGUCAGGCUGAUCCAAAUCAAUUGAGUGCUUAUUAUGCAUACGGACAAGGCUAUGAUGCCUAUGCAUAUGGUGCCACACAAGAUCCUUCAGCAUAUGCAUACGGUGCAUAUGCUGGCUACGGACAGUACCCCCCACAGACUGAAGGAGCUCCAGACAUGACCGCUUUAUCAGGAGUUGCUCAGCCUAUGGAACACGCAGAGGAACUUUACGAUCCUUUGGGCACACCUGAUGUUGACAAGUUAAAUGCUGCCUACCUUGGUGUUCAUGGAAGAGCUAUCUUAGGAAGGCCUUUGUGGCAGACCACCUCUUCACUUCCACAGCAAACCUAGAAGAUACGGUCCAUUUAAUAGUAUCUUAUCUCCAAACUGAUGUUGUUAAUUGCGAUAAGCAGUCAAUAUCUUAUCGUGAUGCAAUUCAAGUGAGUUAGGGUAGUUGACAGUUCAAUUCAAUUUUGAAAUGAUUAGCUGUUUUUAUAGUUGCAUUGGAGUAACAUAUAUUUAUAUGGGUUGGUCGUCGAGAGAUACAUUUACCAAACCAACCUAUUUCUUAAAUGCAUGCAUAUAUGCGUAUUGGGAAUUAACCUACCUUCAUUUA